AUGGUUUUAGCAAACAAAUUGAACGCUUGGAGUAAGCUUCAAGAACAUUUUGACGCUGAAGGAGAAAAUAUUGUCAUCAAGGAGCUCUUCGAAAAGGAUCCUCAACGUUUUGCCAAGUAUCAUCGCAUCUUUAAAGGUUCUGAUAAGACAAAUACCUCCAUCCUAUUUGAUUUCUCCAAAAAUCGCGUCACUGACCAAACUCUCAGUCUCUUGCUCGAGUUAGCCAAGGAAGCCAAGGUGGAAGAAAUGCGUGAAAAGAUGUUCACUGGUGAACAUAUCAAUUUCACCGAAGACCGCGCUGUUCUUCACAUUGCUCUUCGUAACCUUUCUGACAAACCCAUCUAUGACAAUGGUGCUGAUGUUAUGCCUGAGGUUCGUGAAGUAUUGGCUCACAUGAAGGAAUUCUCUGAAGCUAUUCGCUCGGGUGAAUGGAAGGGUUACACUGGCAAGGCUAUUACUGAUAUCGUCAACAUUGGUAUUGGUGGUUCAGACCUUGGUCCUGUCAUGGUCACUGAAGCAUUAAAAUCUUAUGCAAAGGAAGGCUUGAAAGCUCACUUUGUCUCCAACAUUGAUGGUACUCAUCUUGCUGAAGUUGUGAAGUACCUUAAUCCUGAAACAACUUUGUUCAUCAUUGCCUCAAAGACCUUCACGACUCAAGAAACCAUGACUAAUGCUGAAUCUGCCAAAGAUUGGUUCUUGGCUACUGCAAAGGAUGCCAGCCAUAUCGCUAAACACUUUGUUGCACUUUCUACAAACACAAAGCUAGUCACAGCAUUCGGUAUUGAUCCAAAGAACAUGUUCAAGUUCUGGGAUUGGGUCGGUGGUCGUUACUCUCUCUGGUCUGCUAUCGGCUUGUCCAUUGCGAUCACUAUUGGUUAUGACAACUUUGAGGAACUUCUUCGUGGUGGUUACGAAAUGGAUCAACACUUCUUAAAUACUCCUCUUGAGGACAAUAUUCCUGUAUUGAUGGCCCUCGUUGGUAUCUGGUAUAACAACUUUUAUGGUGCUCAAACUGAAGCUAUCCUUCCUUAUGAUCAAUACAUGCACAGAUUUGCUGCUUACUUCCAACAGGGUAACAUGGAAUCCAACGGUAAAUACGUUUCUCGCUCUGGUGCUGAGGUCGAGGCACAGACUGGUCCUAUCAUCUGGGGUGAGCCUGGCACUAAUGGUCAACAUGCAUUCUAUCAGCUCAUUCACCAAGGUACCAAAUUGAUUCCUUGUGAUUUCCUUGCUCCCGUGGAGACACACAACCCCAUUCGCAACGGUUUACAUCAUGACAUUUUGCUUUCCAACUUCUUUGCUCAAACAGAAGCCUUGAUGGUUGGUAAGAACGAAGAACAAGUUCGUGCUGAGAUGGGAGCCAAUGUGGUCGAAAACAUUGUUCCUCACAAGAUCUUCAAAGGCAACAAGCCUACCAACUCCUUCUUGUUUCAAAAGUUGACUCCUGCUACUUUGGGUUCCCUCAUCUCCAUGUAUGAACACAAGAUCUUUGUUCAAGGUGCUAUCUGGGACAUCAACUCUUAUGACCAAUGGGGUGUUGAACUUGGUAAGCAAUUGGCCAAGGCUAUCUUGCCUGAACUCUCUGCCCCCGGUAAAGUCAGUUCUCAUGAUGGUUCAACUAAUGGUUUGAUCAACUAUUACAAGAAGAACAAGAAGCAAUAUCAAUAA